GACACGAGUACGGCAAAUCGUGGUUCUUUUCCGAUUAGCUCUUUGCCGAGGAAGGAGGCAAAUUUUUGCGUCUCUCAAGAUGUCUCAUCGUAAGUUUUCUGCACCUCGCCAUGGUUCCAUGGCGUUCUACCCGAAGAAGCGUGCCUCUCGUCACCAGGGCCGCGUGAAGGCUUUCCCGAAGGAUGAUGCUUCGAAGCCGGUGCAUUUAACCGCGUUCCUGGCCUACAAGGCUGGCAUGACGCACAUCGUCCGUGAAGCGGAUCGUCCGGGUUCAAAAAUUAACAAGAAGGAAGUGGUAGAAGCGGUCACCGUUCUUGAGACGCCUCCGCUAGUGGUGGUUGGUGCUGUUGGUUACAUCGAAACGCCAUUCGGACCACGUGCUCUGUGCAAUGUCUGGGCACAGCAUCUGUCGGAGGAGUGCCGUCGUCGAUUCUACAAGAACUGGCAUGCGAGCAAGAAGAAGGCCUUCUCCAAGGCUUCCAAGAAGUGGACUGACGAUCUGGGCAAGAAAUCGAUCGAGAGUACCUUUAAGAAGAUGGUGCGCUACUGCAAGUUCAUCCGCGUCAUCGCUCACUCCCAGAUUCGUCUGAUCAAGCAAGGCCAAAAGAAGGCCCACAUCAUCGAGAUCCAGCUGAACGGUGGAUCCAUCGAGGAUAAGGUUAACUGGGUAAAGGAGCACCUAGAAAAGCCGGUCCCGGUGUCGCAGGUGUUCUCGCAGGACGAGAUGAUUGACUGUGUGGCCGUUACCAAGGGCAAGGGUUUCAAGGGUGUAACCAGCCGUUGGCACACGAAGAAGCUUCCGCGCAAGACGCACAAGGGUCUGCGCAAGGUGGCUUGUAUCGGUGCGUGGCAUCCGUCCCGCGUUGCUUUCACCGUGGCCCGUGCCGGUCAGAAGGGUUACCAUCAUCGUACUGAGCUGAACAAGAAGAUCUACCGUCUUGGAGCCGGUAUUCACACCAAGGAUGGCAAGGUUAUCAAGAACAGCGCCGCCACCGAGUACGAUCUGACAGACAAGUCGAUUACGCCGAUGGGUGGUUUCCCAUUCUAUGGUGAGAUCAACCAGGACUUCGUCAUGAUCAAGGGUUGCUGCAUCGGUGCCAAGCGCCGCGUCAUUACGCUCCGCAAGUCGCUGCUGGUGCACACGAAACGUUCCGCCCUCGAGCAGAUCAAGCUCAAGUUCAUCGAUACCUCGUCGAAGAUGGGUCACGGUCGCUUCCAGACGCCGGCCGACAAGCGCGCCUACUACGGCGUGCUCAAGAAGGAUCGCAUCCGCGAGGAGAAGGCUCAGGCUGCUGCCGCCGCUGCUGCUGCUGCGGCCAAGCCUGCAGUAUAAUUUGUCCCCUUUGCUCGUUCGUCGUCGUCGUCGUCGUCAUCGC